CCAGCUUGGGCGCUUGGAGAAGGCAGGAGGAGGGGAAAGCGGCUGCUGCUUGGCUCAUCUUCCCGCUCACAAGGAGGCAGCAGUGCACGUCUCCAGCCCUCCUCCUCCUCCUCCAUUCCCUCUCAUGCAGGGCUCCCAGGCUCCCUGAAAUCCUGUUUGGUAGAAGGCAGUGCUGGCUGCACAAUGGCCGCCUGGCUGCAGACCCCCCUUACCUCCUGCUGCCCCCCUGCUCUCUAACUCCAGCCACCUCGAGCAGCUACACAGCCUAGCCGGAGACAGACAGACAGACAGACAGGGAGGGAGGCAGACAGCCGGGAUCCUGCACUCACAGCAAACAAGGCAGCACUGGGUUUCUUUAAUAUGGGGGAGUCAGAGCAGCAGCAGACUGCGGGCUCGAGGCUUGGUGCUCCAGAGAGUGGCGGAAUUAGUACGUUAGAACAUGGAGCUAAGCCACCUACAUCGCCUCAAGGGAAGUGUUUUCCAUUUAAAGUACAGAUGUUGGAUGACACACAGGAAACUAUUGAAGUUCCAAUUAGAGCGCCGGGCAAAGCACUCCUGGAUGCAGUCUGCAGUCACUUAAACUUGGUAGAAGGGGAUUAUUUUGGACUGGAGUUCCAGGAUCAUCGAAAGAUUAUGGUAUGGCUGGAUCUAAUAAAACCCAUCAUAAAGCAAGUACGAAGGCCUAAGACUGCAGUCUUAAAGUUUGUGGUGAAGUUUUUUCCCCCUGACCACACUCAGCUGCAAGAAGAAUUAACAAGGUACCUCUUUGCUCUGCAAGUAAAGCAGGAUUUGGUACAAGGCAAGCUGAUCUGUAACGACAGCAGCGCAGCGCUCCUAAUCUCACAUAUUGUGCAAUCCGAGAUAGGAGAUUUCGAUGAAGCGGUUGACCGUGAGCAUUUGUCAAAGAAUACAUAUAUGCCCCAGCAAGAGAGUCUAGAAGAGAAAAUCAUGGAACUUCACCGCAAUCAUUUUGGGCAGACACCUGCAGAGUCCGAUUUUCAGCUUCUUGAGAUUGCCCGCCGCUUAGAACUUUACGGUAUAAGACUGCAUCCGGCCAAAGACAGGGAGGGAACCAAGAUAAACCUUGCAGUGGCCAACACAGGAAUCCUUGUUUUUCAGGGGCACACAAAGAUAAAUGCAUUUAAUUGGGCAAAAGUUCGUAAGCUGAGUUUCAAGAGGAAGCGAUUUCUUAUAAAACUGCGCCCAGAUGCAAAUAGUUCUUACCAGGACACUCUGGAAUUUAUGAUGGCCAGUCGGGAUUUUUGCAAAUCGUUUUGGAAAAUAUGUGUAGAGUACCACGCCUUCUUCAGGCUCUUUGAGGAACCCAAGCCAAAACCAAAACCAGUUAUCUUUAGCAGAGGUUCGUCUUUCAGAUUCAGUGGGCGCACUCAGAAGCAGGUUUUGGACUACGUUAAAGAAGGAGGUCACAAAAAAGUACAGUUUGAAAGGAAACACAGCAAAAUUUGCUCAAUCAGAAGUCUGACAACACACCCACAAGACCAAAUCUUGGAGAGCGCUAACAUAACAUUUACUCAGUAUUCUCAACCUGAUGAGAUCCAGUCUCUAAACCAAGAGAAGGAAGAGAACACCCUGACAGAUGUUCUAGUACAACGUAAAAGCCCAUCUCCCAAGAAAAAACCUGUAGACAAAACCACAAAGGAGGGAUCGACUUUGAAAAUUGAUGGUGAAGAUGCAGCCAAAGACCAUACACAGCACAACCUAAAGAAUGCACACCAGCCAAGCACAGGUUCUUUAACAGGAAGUCCACAUCUUUCAGAAUUAUCUAUUAAUUCUCAAGGAGGAAUGGUGACCGGUUUAAACUCCUCAUUAUCCCCAAAUCUGAGUCCAGAUGGAAAGUCAUCAUCACCGCUGAUUAGCCCACUGCUGACUGAGCCUGCCUGCAUCAGAACUGAUGAUGAGGAAGAGAAUAGAAAAAAGAGGUUUCCUACAGACAAAGCUUAUUUUAUUGCAAAGGAAGUUUCUGCUACAGAAUGCACCUACUUGAAAGACCUUGAAGUUAUUACAGUGUGGUUUCAGAAUGCCGUAAACAAAGAUGACGCCAUGCCAGAAUCCUUAAAAAACCUCAUGUUCUCAAAUUUUGACCCCCUACAUAAAUUCCACACUUCUUUCUUGAAGGAAGUUGAUCAGAGACUUGCUCUUUGGGAAGGGAGAUCAAAUUCUCACAUGAAAUCUGAAAAUCAAAAAAUCGGGGAUGUAAUGCUGAAAAACAUUCAGGGAAUGAAGCAACUCACAAGUAAUCUCCAAAAACACUUUGAAGUGCUGAUGGAGUUUGAGAAAGCAAUUAAGGCAUCUCGCAAGUUGGAAGUCUUGUGCAGAGAUUUUGAGCAGGAAAAGGUCUGCUAUUUGUCCCUGAACACUUUUCUCAUCCAGCCUUUGCACCGGCUCAUGCACUACAAACAGAUCAUGGAGAGGCUGUGCAAACACUACUCCCCGAAUCACGCAGACUUCAGGGAUUCUCGAGCUGCUCUUGCCGAGAUCUCCGAAAUGGUAGCACAACUUCAUGGUACAAUGAUAAAGAUGGAAAAUUUCCAAAAGCUACAUGAGCUCAGGAAAGAUUUAACAGGCAUUGACAAUCUGGUAAAUCCUGGCAGGGAAUUCAUUAGGCUCGGUAGUUUAAGCAAGUUGUCUGGGAAAGGAUUGCAGCAGCGCAUGUUCUUCUUGUUUAAUGAUGUUGUGCUGUACACAAGCCGAGGACUGACAUCUUCUAAUCAGUUUAAAGUCCACGGGCAACUCCCGCUGUACAAUAUGACCAUUGAGGAAAGUGAGGAGGAAUGGGGGGUUCCUCAUUGCCUCACUUUACGAAGUCAGAACCAAGCUAUAGUGGUUGCAGCAAGUUCAAGGAGUGAAAUGGAAAAGUGGAGUGAGGAUAUUCAGAUGGCCAUUGACCUGGCAGAUAAAAAUGGUGGUCCUGUCCCUGAGCUCUUGGCCAGCAGCCCUCCUGAUGGCAAGACUCCUGAUGAAGGUCCAGGAGACCAGGAAUCUGAGGAUGAUUUGAGUGCAUCUCGUUCAUCUUUAGAACGGCAGUCACCCCAUCGAGGAAACACUACAGUGCAUGUUUGCUGGCAUCGAAAUACUAGCGUAUCAAUGCUUGACUUCAGCUUUGCUGUAGAGAAUCAGUUAUCAGGAAACUUACUGAGGAAGUUCAAGAACAGCAAUGGAUGGCAGAAACUCUGGGUGGUCUUUACAAACUUCUGCCUGUUUUUCUACAAAUCGCACCAGGACAAUCAUCCAUUAGCCAGCCUACCGCUGCUAGGCUAUUCCCUCACCAUUCCCUCUGAAUCAGAGAAUAUACACAAGGAUUAUGUCUUCAAACUUCACUUCAAGUCACAUGUCUACUACUUCCGGGCUGAGAAUGAAUACACAUUUGAAAGAUGGAUGGAAGUAAUUCGAAGUGCCACAGAUUCAGCCUCCCGAUCCCGCCUUUUGAGUCACAGAGAGUCCCACAUGUACUGAACUUGGAACAUUCCCCUGCUCUAAAGCUACCAGCUGCUAUUUAAGCAGGAAUUUGAUACCCACCCUGAUUUGUGUUGAUUUUUUUUUUUUUUUUUGUAAGGCCAGCAGAUGUUUCAAACAGGAAGAAAAGCUGGUUUCAAGUGA